GAUUUUGCGAUUAUUUUAAUAACAAACUAGCUUGAUUUUUUUAACGAUUAAAUGGCGUCUGAUACAAUUGAAAUGAAUAAAGGAAAUUUUGUAUCUGAAUUGAUAAAUUUUGUAGAAGAUCAUGAUGAUUUAUGGAACCAAUCUAAUGAUAAUUAUUCUAAUAGAUUAUUAGUAGAUGAACUAUGGACUUUAUGUGCUAAAAAGCUUGAUUCAUCCCCAAAUGUCUGUAAAUUAAAAUGGAAGAAUUUGAAUUCUUAUUUAAAGGAAAAGAGAAAGAGAGAAGAAGUGCAUUCAGGGGAUGCUGCAAAAGCUAGCACUUUAUGGAAAUGGUAUUCACUAUCAUUUCUUACUACUUCCACCACACCAAGAAAGACACUAAAUAAUAUCACAGAUAAUAAAGAGAAUGUAAGACCUGUAAAAAGGGCUAGAGUAACAAAAGACCCAAUGGAAAGAUAUUUUGACAAAAUGUUAGAAAUUGAUAAUGACCCAGAUAGAUUAUGGUGCCUGUCUUUGGUUGAUAAUGUAAAGAAGGUGCCAAAUGAAGUUAAGGACGCCAUGAAAAUUAAUGUGCAAACUCUUAUUUAUAAUUAUAUAAAUAAUAUUAUAGUAGAAAAUGUUUAGUUUAAAUAGUUAUGUAUUAUAUACACAUACAAAAAAAAUAUGAUAGUUAUAUACUACUAUGUAUUACAAAUGCACCAAGCUAUCAUGUGCGGGUAAAGGGAUAUUUAAAAACAAUAUCUUUAAUGUAUCCAAACAAUGCUCUGCUCUUGCCUGCUUAGAAAGUUUAUCUAAAAUAUUUUCUCCAGCAUCAUUUGAGACCAUAACCAACCCAGAAUAUAUUGCCAAUAUGCUAUCUUGUUAACCUGGAAAUUUUCUUCUUAGAAUAUAUUGCUAAUAUGCUAUCUUGUUAACCUGGAAAUUUUCUUCUUAGCAUCAAUUGAUAUAAUCCAUUCAGGAACUCCAACCAACCAAACAUUACAUGAUAUAAUCCAUUCAGGAACUCCAACCAACCAAAGAAAAUUUAUAAUAUGCUAUCUUGUUAACCUGGAAAUUUUAAUCUUAGCAUCAUUUAUAAUCCAUUCAGGAACAAUUAAUUUUUUUAAAGCAAAAUGCCCAAUAUAAAUUUAUAAAAUCUAAAUUUAAUAAAAAUCUACUAUUUUCUAAUAAUUAUUUAUAUUCUCAAAAUAGAGAAAAUUAUUAUAUGCAUACAUAGAUAUUUAUUAAUUAUUAGGUUUUUACCUAAAAAUUCACAUCACUCUUUAUCAAUAUUAUGAUCAUGCUGUCAAAAUUUUCAUUUUUUAAUGCUUUUUAUGCCAAAUUUACACCAUUUUAUAUAAUAUUGAUAUGCAAAAAGUAAUUACCCUAAUUUUAUAUAUUACUAUUGAAAUACAAAUUGUAAUCAUCAUUUUAUAUACAAUUAAUAUUCAAUUGCAAUAUAUACAAAUUUUUAUACACCACCAUCAAUAUACAGUCUUAAUAAAUAUAAUUUUAUAAUUGAUAUGCAAAUUGCAAUCUUUAUUUUAUAUACCUUCAUCAAUAUAUAGUCUCAAUAAAUAUAAAUUUAUAUACUAUUGAUAUAUAAAUUGCAAUCAUUAUUUUAUAUAGCAUUAUUAUACAAUUGCAAUCAUUAUUUUAUAUUUAUC